CCUCUUCUCCUCCUCCUCUGUACCUCUUCUUCUCAUCAUCAUCAUCAGUCCUCCUCUAUUCAGCAAAGAUGUCUACAAAACACUUUGUCACCGACAUCGACAAGCUCGUCGUCGAUUGUCUCGAGUCGCUCGUUCUUACCAACCCUGAUCUGCUCUACUACAAGAACGACAAAGUCAUCGUCAAAAAAUCCUACGACCCCGCAAAGAACGUCGCAGUCAUCUCCGGCGGCGGCGCAGGCCACGAACCCGCCCACGCCGCCUUCGUAGGCGAAGGCAUGCUCACCGCCGCCGCCUCGGGCUGGAUCUUUGCCUCCCCCUCCGUCGCGCAGAUCGUGCGCGCCGUCAACGCCGUCGCGGGUCCCAAGGGCGUCCUCCUCAUCAUCAAAAACUACACCGGCGACAUCUUCCACUUCUCGCUCGCGGCAGAGAAAGCGCGCAGCAAGGGUAUCCCCGCCGAGGUUGUCGUCGUGGGCGACGACGUCGCCGUCGGCAGGGCAAAGUCCGGUAAGGUCGGCCGUCGCGGACUGGCCGGCACCGUGCUCGUGCAUAAAGUCGCGGGCGCGGUCUCGAGCGACGCGAGCGCCUCGCUCGCGGACGUCGUCGCGGCCGCGAACGAGGUCGCAAACAACCUCGUCACCGUCGGCGUCUCGCUCAACCAUGUGCACAUUCCCGGCCGCAAGAUCGAGGCGGAAAACAUCAUGGCCGAGGACGAGGCCGAGCUUGGACUCGGGAUCCAUAACGAGAAGGGAAUCCUGCGUCUGAAGCCGAUUCCGCCCUUGCCUGAUCUCGUGGGUUCGAUGCUCGAGCAGCUCACGAGCUCGACCGACGCUGAUCGCUCGUACGUCGAUUUCUCUGACGCCGAGAACGUCGUCUUGCUCGUCAACAACCUCGGCGGUCUCUCCCCUCUCGAGCUCGGCGCUAUCACGACCGAAGUCAUCCACCAGCUCGACGGCCUCAACCUGCGUCCUACCCGCGUCUUCUCGGGCACUUACAUGACCUCGCUCGACGGCCCGGGCUUCAGCAUCACCCUGCUCAAGGCAAAGAACUCGCUCCUGCCCCUCCUCGACGCGCCUACAAAGGCCACAAACUUCACCCCGGGCACCGUACUCACGCCCAAAUCCGAGGUCUCCUCGCGCAUUAUCGUCGAGUCCGCCGCGGCCACGCACGCACCCGCCGUCGACGCAAAGCCAAAGCCCACGAUCCUCGAGCCGGCAGCGUUCGCCGCCGUCGCGGCGGCGGCCUGCAAGAAAGCCAUUGCGGCCGAACCGCUCAUCACGCAGUACGACACCGUCGUCGGCGACGGCGACUGCGGCUACACGCUCAAGCGCGCAAGCGAGGCCGUGCUCGACUUUGUCACCGCCACGAAAUCGCUACCGGCCACCGUCGACGUCCUCGUCGAUCUCGCCGAGACGGUCGAGAAUAACAUGGACGGCACUUCAGGCGCUAUCUUCUCAAUCUUCCUGCACGCGCUCGCGACGGCUGCUAGUUCGGCUACGGGUCUGCUCGACGCGAGUUCGUGGGGCGUGGCGGCCGCGGACGCGCUCAAGUCGUUGUACGCUGCUACGCCUGCGCGGCCGGGCGACCGCACGCUUGUUGAUGCGCUCGCGCCGUUCGUCGAGACGCUCGCGAGCACGAAGGAUGUAGCUGCUGCUGCUAAAGCCGCGCGCGCGGGCGCGGAGGGGACGAAGGGGAUGAACGCGAGCUUGGGACGCGCGGUGUACGUUGACGCGGCGGGGUAUGAUCGGGUGCCUGAUCCUGGUGCGGUUGGGAUUGCGGAGUUGAUGGAGGGACUUGCUGCUGGUGUGAGUGCUUUGUAGAGAGAGAUGUGUGUGAUACGCUGAUUUUUUUUGAGUAAAGUGAGAUACAUAGAGUUGUAAAAUGAAGAACUGAAAUAAGUAGAAACCA